UGCUGCAGGUUCAACAUUAGAACAAGUCAAACAUUAAAUCAACUCAUUAAAAAAGAAAGGAUGGCAGUUUGGGACAGAAAGAUUUCCUAUUGCUUCACGUUACUGCUCGCUGGAGCUCUGGGUCAAAGAGUGAACUAUCCAGAUCCUGUUUGUGGUAUAAAAGGAUCAACCGUCACCCUACCCUGCUCCUUCACACCGCCGGAGUCUGUCGAUGAUGAUCCAGGAGUUUUGAUCGAGGUUGUCAGAGUCGCCUGGUGCACCGAUGACUUCUGUCAGCUUACCGCUCUGUCUGUGUACGACAGCGAAUCACAGAACAACGACCCUCGUUACAGAUACCUGGGAGACAAGAAGGGAGACUGCACUUUACAGAUCUCAGAUCUACAGAAGGAAGACGACACAACUUUACGCUUUAGAGUGGAAACUAAUGAUCGCAGAACAACUUUCACUGGCCGACCAGGAGUGAGAGUCACAGUCGUAGAUGCUGCUCUGAUGGAGAUAAGAAGCUCCAGAGAUGACGGAGAGUUUAAAAGAGGAGAAGAAGUCACACUGAGCUGCACCACAAUCUGCUCUAUCCACCAACUGGAGGUCAGCUGGUUCAGAGAUGGCUCCGCCCUCUCAGAGUCUGGCCCCGCCCUCCAUCUCAGCUAUCUGACUGCAAAGGAUUCUGGGAACUACACCUGUGGUUUGAAGAAGAACAAGCGCACCCUCUCAGCGCCGUACAGCCUGCACGUGGAGAAUGACAAGGACGUGCGUUCGCAAGAAAGCAAACAUGACUGUGCAGGGUCAGGACUAAACAGGGAGAAGCAGCAUUCAGUUUUUAUGCUCCACACAUCUGGAACAACAGCUCCGCCGCAACUCUCACUUCUUUUAAAUCAAUGCUGAAGAACUUAAUAUUUGAUGCUGCUUGCUUUAAAUAAUUGUUAAUUUCUUAUACUGCAGUGUAACUUUUAUUCUCGUGUUUUAUCUUUUUAAUUUUGUAAUCAUGUUUAACUGCUCUUUAAUGUUUGAUGUAAAGCACUAUGAAUUGCCCUGUUACUGAAAACUAAGCUGCCUCUGAGUAUGAGAGACGCUCUAUGUCAAACCAUGUUUGACAUAAACUUAUACUCUUAAAGUGAUCUAAAAGAAAUCAUUUCAGACAUUUACUAUUAUGAUCAUAACCCUAAAUACUUUGGUGAACUAAUUUCAAGCACUGAAACAAUUCGUACCACACCCACACACAAAUAAAGACACGCACACACACAAAUAUAUACAAACAGAUUUCAGAGGCUGAAUGGGUUGAGUGCAGAAUAUAUUGUA